CCCCGAGAAAAUGUCAUUUAUUACCCCUAAACGAGAAAUUUUUCGAUUUUGCCAAACUUUAGAGGAUCAUAACUUUGUGCUCUGUAAUCCAAACGUUGCAAUGUUUUUUUUUUAUUUUGCAUAAUAUUUUGAGUACUACAACAUUUACUAGAAAUAAAUUUUCAAAAUAGGAAUAAUUUUAAUAUAAGGAGUUUUGGGAGUAACUUUAACUUUAAUUUUCACGUUUUCACAUAUAUUCUGAAAAUAUUUCUAUUAUAAAAGUUGUAGUCCUCGAAAAGUAAACGAAAUGAAAAAAAAAAGUUUGCUACGAUCGGAUAACUGAGCACAAAGUUAAGGUGGUUGUAAAUUUCAAAGGAGUUCGAGGCUUAUAUCAUCGAUCUAGGACUAGAUCGAGUCUCCUACACUCGAACCGGUUAGUAGUUCGAAUUCUUCAAACUCGAACCACUCCAAACUUACGUAUUUUGAAUUUUUUUUUAUAAUUGUGGUAGUUUAGAAAUUUGUUUUAGUUUUACGUGUAUUUAGGGAAUAUCCCGAAAUGUUCUAUAUACACCAAGCUUUCUGAACAACCAAUUCUUUCUUUCGUCAACCUGCAUUGCAACAAAGUCCUCAGCUUUCUUCUCCUGAUCUUUCAACACUCUACAUGCAUCCAAAAACAUGUCACUGUUCAUCCCUAAUAUUUUCUUGCAGAGCAUCAACAAUUGCCUCGAUCGAAGUGGCUGUUUUGCGUCGUCCUCUCCUCUUCCGGUCUUCCCCAUGGCGCUGUGGGACUUGUUGCGCAACUCUGGUAAUGUUGCUGCAGAUAUUCUUCUCCUCUUUCUCAGAUCAGAGAUCUUAAGUUCCCCAUCGCAUAUACUGGAUCUUCAGAGCCACCAUUGAUCUCAGUGUCUAGGGUAUCAUGAGCAUAAAACAAGCAUUAUAACUUGGCAGCGUUCUGUAGUUGUAUUUUAUUGCAGAUGGAUGGUCCUGUAAGUAGACAAAAAAGGAAAUCCUGAAUUAAAAUUCCAACAAACAGGUACUAUAAAAGUUCCUUUCAGCAAGACAAAGUUUCAUCUAGGGGUGGGCAUAGAACCAGCUUCGAUAUAGUCAUGGCAGUCAUUGAGUCAUUUGAAUUACCACUCCAUCUACAAUGGAUUGGAUCUCCAAAUGUUUCGUUGGCGAAACUCGCGCGUUCAAUGCGCUCUGAUUUCAAGGAAACAAAAACCCAAAGUCAGCAAAAAUUGUCAAAUAUCCGCCGCCGAAUGUCGGCGCCGUUGAUUUGAUCGAUUAAACAGAAACCAAGAUGACUGUCAAAUAUCCAUCGCCGGUGUCGGCGAUGUUGAUUCGAUCAAUACACCUUUGACUUCUAAUCAAACAACCGUUACUCGGUUCACCACCUCUCCAAACUACGUUCGAACGAGGGUGUCCAACGAGAAACGAGAAACCAAACCGGGAGUGUUCUAAGUUACGUUACCUCUACUCCUAUGGAGAUUCCUCUGGAGAGCUCCGCAACUACGACUACGACUACUACGACUCUGCAAAGGAGGUCUUUGACAGAGAAGUUCUACGAACCAGAGAGAAAAAGAUAAAUCUGCGUAGGUGCAGUUUGUGAUUUGAUUUUCCCGUCCUGAACUUCUCUCUCUUCCCAAUCUUUAUACUUCGCGCUUCUCCUCGUCGUAGUAACCGCCUUCGCGCCUUUGUCUCCCACGUCUUCACUCCUGUCAACCGUGCAGGUAACUUCCUCCUUAUUGCGUAACUCCCGAAACCGCUUGAGCACGUGGCAACUUGGCCCAAAACGACACUGAGCCAAAAUCCACCAUUGCUGAACUCUGCGACGUUGUUUUUAAUUAAACAACAUCGUUUCAGUACCACGACGGUGUCGACCUCCCACGAUGUCGUUUUCGGCUAAAGCGACACCGUCUUACCUGAUCCUUAAAAUAUUAAUUAAUUAAACUGGCCAUCAUUGUUGGCACGCUGUCAAACUCUCACUCCGCGGCGCCGUUCUUAAUUAAACAACAUCGUUUUCUAUUUCUGCGCUGUUGAACUUUGCGAUGCCGCUUUAAAUUUAACGCUGUCGUUUUAACAACUGCGGCAUCGUUUGGCCCGCUCGCGGCAUCGUUUUCAACUAACGGCACCGUGCUAAAAAGUCAUUAAAAUAUUAAUUAACUA